AUGGUUGAACUACUCGUCCUGCUGCCGGAGGAGUCCGCCGUCCUCUACAUGGACAGCGAUGUCAUCUUCCUGCGCCCGCCUGAAGAACUCUGGCAAAUUUUCAGCGAGUUUGACGAGCAACAGUUUGCUGCGGCCGCAGAAUCACGCAAUGAGCUGAAAACAUCGGAGGAGUUGAAGAUUCUGAUUGUGGUGUGCGUCAGCGACUCAAAGGCUCUACUGGACUCAUCUGACAGGCAGUUACAGCAAGCCAAAGUGUCCAUGAAAGCGGCAGUUUUUCUGUCACGCCGGCGUAUAAGGUUCCUGGUCGUGAGCAACUCGCAAGCCAUCUUCGACGAGCUCGUCGCUGCCACCGAGGCCUGGCCAACGGCCUACAGAGAGAAAACCUCGUUCCAGGACAUGAGAGGCCUCUUCCGCCCCUGCGCGUCUCAGCGACUCUUCCUGCUGCGCCUGCUGCCGGAGGAGUCCGCCGUCCUCUACAUGGACAGCGAUGUCAUCUUCCUGCGCCCGCCUGAAGAGCUCUGGCAAAUUUUCAACGAGUUUGAUGAGAAGCAGUUUGCCGCGGCUGCUGUCUAUGUCGCUGGCUACCAUUACUUACCAAAGGACGUGCGGUACAGCGAUGAUGGAUUUAACUCAGGUUUGAUGUUGUAUAACCUCACCCGCAUGAGGCAGUUCCCGGCAGGCUGGGAGGACCAAGUGAUCAACAUCACUGCCGAGUACCGCAGUAUAUUCAAAUUAGGUGAUCAAGAUAUACUCAACAUUUUCUUCGGCAAGUUCAGGUCUCACUUUUAUCCCUUGGGAUGUGAAUGGAACUUACGAAGUUUUUACUGCCAAUCGAACUUCAUUCGCCACUGCCCUGAAAUGUUGAAGGCUGGUGCCAAGGCGGUUCACGGAACAGCGGCAUCUUUUCAUUUGCCAGGAAAAUUCAAGGCGAGCUGA